AUGACUCAGCAUGGACGUAACUACGUAGACGAUGCUGAGAAGAAAAGGCGUUUCAAGAUAUUCAAGGACAAUGCAGAGUAUAUAGACAAAGUAAAUAAUCAAGGGAAUUGCACUUACAGGUUAUGUGUCAAUGAAUUUGUAGACAUAAUGAAUGAAGAAUUCAUUGCCACUCAUACUGGAUACAAGAUUUCUACCCAAUCUAGUUCAUCACCUAAAAAAACUUUUAGAUAUGGAAACCUAAGCAGGAUUCCAAUGACUAUGGAUUGGAGAGAGACAGGAGUUGUUACCCCUAUUAAGAGCCAAGGAAGUUGCUGGGCCUUUUCAGCAAUAGUAGCAGUAAAGGGGAUCUACCAGAUCAAAACUGGCAACUUGAUCUCCCUUUCUGAGCAACAGCUAGUGGAUUGGGUCGUGGAAGGCAAUUCUGGGUGCAGUGAUGGUGGUGUCGUGAGUUAUGCCUUUACAUAUGAUGGUGUAUUAUAA